CUCUAGGUUCUCCUCACUUUUCUCAUUUUCACUCAACCCUAAUCAAAGCCGUUCUCUCUCUCUCUCUCUCAUCCAACUCGCCCCCACACUCACUCUUAAACCCUAAUCACCGCUGUCCACGGUCCCCGCAGCUCCAAACAUUCCCUCGUUCUCCGUCUUCUGGAGGUACUCUCGUCGAUCAUCUUGUAAACACAGCAAGUCUGGGACAUGUUUUUUACUUAGAGGAAGUGACUGAUACAUCCAUGAUUUUUUCUCUUUUUGGAAAUGGUUGGGUUUAUCUCUAAACCCUCCAUUGAUGACCUAGACCAAGCUCCAAGGCUCAAGAAUUCAAGCAACUUACUUGACUCUUUCGACCCCAAAUCCACAGAUUUUUCAUUCUCUGAUUCUUUCCUAGAUUUUGAUUCUAUAAAGGAUUGGUUUGAGGAUAUAACAAUUCCAGAUAUGGAUGAUAUAGGAAAGGUUGAGUAUGGGACUACUGAGAAGCCUGUUGAGCUUGUCCGAGAUCAGAUUCCACAUGGGUCUGAGCCAAUUGGUAAUGGUUCGAAGCUAGAUGUUGAUGGGUUUGAGCCAGUUGUUCGCGGGUGUGACCCAAAAGUUGGUGGGUCUGGCUGUGGGGUGAAGGUGGAGGAGGGGGAGUGUGAAAAGUUGAGUUGUUGUAUUGAGAAAGAGAUGGGGAAGGUUAGUUUGGUUGGUGAGUCUGUGAAUUCGGGAAUUGGGAAUGGGAAUGGGAAUGGCGUGAAGAGUGAGAUAGAAAGUGGUGGGGAAGAGAGUGGAAGUUCAGAGUCUGAGAGUCCGAGUUCGUCUUCGUCCACAGCGGCUUCAAGUAGUGGCAGUAGUGAUGAUGAUAAGGAGGAGGAGGAGAAAAAGGAAGUAGAGGUGGAGGUGAAGAUGGGUGCCGAUGAGGCAGUUGAAGUUGAAGAAGGUGAGAUAAGGGAUGUUGAUGAGCAGGAGAUGGUUGGGGGGACUGAUGAUGAUGAUGAUGAUGAGGAGGAGGAGGAGGAGGAGGAGGAGGAAAACAAUGAAGAUGAUGGAGAGGUAAUGGUUGGUUGGAGCGAUGUUGAUGAUGAUGAGGAUGAAGGUGGUGCUGCAAAAGGACCCAUUAGAUCUGCGAAUGAGCUUGAGGUCCUCCCUCCAGUUCCUCCAGUUGAUGUGACCCUGCAACCACAUCAUCAUAUGCUACCUGUGGGAGUUGUCUUAUCGGUUUUUGGUGCCCAAGUCAUAGUAGAAGGAGUUGAGAAGCACAACCCCCUUAGUGAGGGCUCUAUCCUCUGGAUAACUGAAAGCAGAUGCCCAUUGGGGCUGGUGGAUGAAAUAUUUGGACCUGUCAAAAACCCAUACUAUAAGGUAAGAUAUAAUUCAGAAAGUGAAGUCCCAACUGGGAUCCAUGCAGGCUCUUUGAUCUCCUUUGUUCCAGAAUUUGCUCAUCAUGUGCUCAAUGACAAGGGUCUCUACAAGAAAGGGUAUGAUGCAUCUGGUGCAAAUGAUGAAGAGAUGUCGGAUGAGGCAGAGUUUUCAGAUGAUGAGAAAGAGGCUGAGCACAGGAGAAUGCAAAAAUUGACAAAGAGGGGCUUGGAUGGCCAGAAAGUUGGAAACAAGAAAAACAACAGAAAGAGUGUAAAAAAUAGGGAUGGGCCCUGGAGAAAUGCUCAACCUUCAUCACGGUCACAACAGAUAGGUGCUGGUCAGCCAUCACCCACCCAAAACCAGCAUAAUUUCUCACCUGCUGCAGGAUUUCUUGAUCAUGGUCAUUGUUCAUCCUCAUCUGCCCUAGGACAAGGUUUUGUUGGCGGUUCUGGCGUAGUUCCACCGUUUCCAUCCACAGCACAGACGGUCGGUUUCAACACUUCGAAUGGAGUUUGGACAAAUGGGAUGCCGUUUCAGCCACCACAGAAUGCUUUCUUUCCUAAUGGAUUUCCAACUAAUAGUAUGCCUUGGCUCUCACAGAAUCCUCAUAUGCAUCAGAUGCCAAUGCCAAACAGAAUACCAUUUCAGCAGCAGUUUGAUCCUAGUCAGAUGGCACUUCAUACUUCUCUCUUACCUACUGAACAGUCAAAUCCAUAUAUUGGACACACAUAUGCACCAGGGCUUGUGGGUCAAAAUAGCUUCAAUCAAAUGACAUUUGGGAUGGGUUUACAGGGCCAAUUUACUCACCCAUCAAUGAAUGUGGGAGAACAAAGAAUUUUGUCCAAUGGGUUACAAGUUGAACAUAACUUAAAUAUGGAACAAUCAGGUUUUGCUCCAGGCAAUAUUGAAGCUCCCCAGCAAAUUAAUCGGGGUGCGUCUUAUAGUCGUGGAAGGAAACCAUAUCGACGAGGGGGUGGUCGUUUUGCAGGUGGGAGAGGUUAGCAGCAACCCAAAUGAUGGCUUUCCGGGUUCGGCUGCAUUGGAAAUGCAGUGAGUUUUAACUUAUAAUAGGCUACGGCCAGUGCAAUUUUGGGGUUUCUUGGAUCAUACAUACGUGUUUCAUGUGCUUUUGAUAAGAUGUUGAGAAAAUAUUUCCCAUGUGCAAAUGCUUGCGUUUGUCGGUCCUGUAGCAUAGGUAGCCUGGUAGCUUUUAUAGAUAAGGUUUUUUUUUUUUUUUUUUUUUUUUUUUUUUUUUUUUUAUAAUGACAGCAAUCUUUUUCGUUUCGUUCUCAUCUCCUUUGUCAGUUUUAACUGUGGUACAAUGGAGGGAGGUCGAUGGCUAUACAUAUCAUAUCAUUUCAUUUUA